CCGGCUGGGGCCGGUCGGGGGCGGUGCCCAGGAGGGCGGAGCGGUAGGACAACCCGGUCUUUGCCAUUUCCUCCGUGGGCCCACCCUGCGGCCGUGCGCGUCCUCAGCCUGGCGAGCGCGCCUUCUGACCGCCAGCGACCCGGAGGGAUUCGGGUUAAGACUGCCAGGGGCGCAGCUGUGCUCACAUGGAUGGAACAGAGACCCGACAGCGGAGAGCAGAGGAGCUAGGGUUGCCGUAUACCCUCAGCACAGGAAGACUCCCUAGAGCCUCAGAAGAUGGACCUCUGAGUGUCCCUGAGAGCCAAAGGGUGUCCCCUAAACUACUGGGGACUGAGCUCAGCAGGGAGACUGCCUUGUCCAUUGGUCUUCAGGUGAUAGUGCCCUUUAUGUUUGCAGGCCUGGGACUGUCUGGGGCUGGCAUACUUUUGAAUUAUUUCCAGGGCAAGAAGCUUCGAGGCUUUAGCUGUGAGCUCACCCGGUCCCCCUAUGGAGUCUUCCCUGAGACUGCCUUCACCGUCACAUGUCAGAUCACAGUGCCCCUUCUGCUCUCGGGCCUGGGCAUGAUGACUGCAGGCCUGGUGAUGAACACCGUCCAACACUGGCCCGUGUUUAUGGAGGUUAAAGACCUGUUGACUUUGGUGCCACCCCUAGUGGGCCUGAAGGGGAACCUGGAGAUGACACUGGCGUCACGACUCUCCACAGCUGCCAAUACUGGACAAAUGGAUGAUCCCCGGGAGCAGCACAGAGUCAUCACCAGUAACCUCGCCCUCAUUCAGGUGCAGGCCACCGUUGUGGGGUUCCUGGCUGCUAUGGCUGCCCUGCUGCUGGGAGCUCUUUCUAGGGGGGAGUUAGACUUUGAGAAGGUGGAGUUGCUGUGUGCCAGCAGUGUCAUCACCGCCUUCCUCGCUGCUUUUGCCCUAGGAAUGCUGAUGGUCUGUAUAGUGAUUGGUGCUCGAAAGCUCGGGGUCAAUCCAGACAACAUCGCCACACCCAUUGCAGCCAGCCUGGGAGACCUUAUCACGUUGUCCAUUCUGGCUUUCUUUAGUAGCUUCUUCUAUAAACACAAAGACAGCCGGUAUGUGGCUCCACUGGUCUGCAUCGGCCUCAUGGCCCUGACUCCGGUGUGGGUCCUCACUGCCAAGAGGAGCCCACCCAUCAUGGAGAUCCUCAAGUUCGGCUGGUUCCCGAUCAUCCUGGCAAUGAUGAUCAGCAGUUUCGGAGGGCUCAUCUUGAACAAAACCAUUUCCAAAGAGCAAUACAAAGGCAUGGCCAUAUUUACUCCCAUCAUAUGUGGUGUUGGUGGCAAUCUUGUGGCCAUUCAGACCAGCCGGAUCUCCACUUACCUGCACAUGUGGAGCACGCCUGGGGUCCUACCCCUCUGGAUGAAAAAAUUCUGGCCUAACCCAUGCUCCACUUUCUGCACCUCAGAAAUCAAUUCCAUGUCAGCCCGAGUUCUGCUCUUUCUGGUGAUUCCAGGCCAUCUGAUUUUCUUGUACGUCAUCUACCUGGUGGAAGGCCAUUCGGUCCCAAACAGCAAAACCUUUGUGGUAUUCUAUCUGCUAGCUGGCCUGAUCCAGGUGACAAUCCUGCUGUACCUGGCAGAAGUGAUGGCUCGGCUAACGUGGCACCAGUCCCUGGAUCCUGACAACCACUGUAUCCCCUACCUCACAGGGCUAGGGGACCUGCUAGGAACUGGCCUCUUGGCACUUUGCUUUCUUAUCAGCUGGUUAUUGAGGAGUGAAGCAGAGCUGGAUGGCAUUUUAGAACCGGCAUCUGCACCUCCCUAAUGAGCCCAGGCAGUCCCAGUUAGUCAGUAGAAUCUUCCCUCACACCAACAGGGUAUAGAAGGCAGUUCCUCCCUGGCUGGGUCCUUAGGUGGCCCUUUGUCAAUCUGCUAAGAAGACUCACACACACCUUGACCCCGGAGUUUGUACCUGAGUCCAUGAUGGAGCCUAAAAUCAGGAGCAUUGUUUGUGAGUGUGUGAAUGUGACUGCAUGUACCCAAGUGCUGGGUGAGUGUGUGAAUGAGUGUGCACGUGUGUGUGGAGAGCAGCGUUCUCUGUCCUGAACAUGCUGGAGAAGAGGCCUGUCCAGUACAUCUUGGAGGAUGUAUUGGCCCUGUUUCAUGCCAGUGCAGCCCAGACUGGGGUGAAGCAGGAAGGAGACCUGUUGUGUGCCCAAGCUUCAGAACUCUUUGAGCCCUGGCUUAACUGACAUCUUCACUAGGCCUGGCACGGUCGGCCACUCUGCUGGUGUGCCCUGCAAAUGUGUGCAGCCCUUCCCAGGAUGGGGCCUUACUCACCCCCUCAUCUGCUCCCAGCAUUUAUUCUUGUCAAUGCUUCCCCCCUCC